ACAUGGACCUGACGCCCCAGUCUUAGGGACCUCUAAAUUCUCCCCUGUGCUUGGACUCGGCGGACCGACGCGAUGGCCUCGGAAGUGGUGUGCGGGCUCAUCUUCAGGCUGCUGCUCCCCAUCUGCCUGGCAGUAGCGUGUGCGUUCCGGUACAAUGGGCUCUCCUUUGUCUACCUCAUCUACCUCUUGCUCAUCCCUUUGUUCUCAGAACCAACAAAAGCAACGAUGCAAGGACAUACGGGCCGGCUAUUAAAGUCUCUGUGCUUCACCAGUCUUUCCUUCCUGUUGCUGCAUAUCAUCUUCCAUAUCACGUUGGCUAGCCUGGAAGCUCAACACCGUAUUGGACCUGGUUACAACUGCUCCACGUGGGAAAAGACCUUUCGGCAGAUUGGCUUUGAAAGCCUAAAGGGAGCUGAUGCUGGCAAUGGGAUCCGAGUGUUCGUGCCUGAUAUUGGGAUGUUCAUUGCGAGUCUGACCAUCUGGCUCGUCUGCAGAAACAUCGUUCAGAAACCAGGGACGGAAGAGGCAGCACAGUAUAACUCGGAGUUUGAAAACGAAGAAUUGGCUGGAGGGGAAAAAUUAGAUGCAGAAGAGGCGCUGAUCUAUGAAGAGGAUUUGGAUGAAGGGGACGGUGUCGAAGGCGAUGUGGAAGAGAGCACAAAGUUAAAAAUGUUCCGCAGACUCGCCUCCGUGGCCUCCAAGCUUAAAGAGUUUAUUGGCAACAUGAUCACCACCGCAGGAAAGGUCGUGGUGACGAUUUUACUCGGUUCGUCAGGUAUGAUGUUACCAUCUUUGACCUCAUCUGUAUACUUCUUCGUAUUUUUGGGUCUGUGCACCUGGUGGUCCUGGUGCCGAACGUUCGAUCCAUUGCUGUUCAGCUGUCUCUGUGUUCUGCUGGCUAUUUUCACUGCGGGACACUUGAUUGGGCUUUAUUUAUACCAGUUCCAGUUCUUUCAAGAAGCGGUUCCACCCAAUGACUACUAUGCAAGGUUGUUUGGUAUCAAAUCAGUCAUUCACACAGACUGUUCCAGCACCUGGAAGAUCAUAGCAAACCCAGACCUAUCAUGGUAUCACCAUGCCAACCCCAUCGUCCUGCUGGUGAUGUACUACACGCUCGCAACGCUCAUCCGCAUCUGGCUACAGGAGCCCCUCGUGCAGGAUGACAGGACCAAGGAAGAGGACAGAGCCCUGGCUUGUAGCCCCAUCCAAAUAACAGCCGAGAGGAGGCGCAGCCUGUGGUACGCCACCCAUUACCCAACUGACGAAAGAAAACUUUUAUCCAUGACCCAAGAUGACUACAAACCAUCCGAUGGCCUGCUGGUGACUGUGAACGGCAAUCCUGUAGACUACCAUACCAUCCACCCAAGUCUGCCCAUAGAGAACGGCCCUGCCAAAGCUGAGCUGUACUCCACCCCCCAGUACCGGUGGCAGCCCUCUGAAGACUCCUCAGAAAAGAAAGAGGAAGAAGAGGAUGAGAAGGAAGAAUUUGAGGAGGAAAGGAGCCAUGAGGAGAAACGAAGCAUUAAAGUUCACGCCAUGGUCUCUGUGUUCCAGUUUAUUAUGAAACAAAGUUACAUCUGUGCCCUCAUUGCCAUGAUGGCUUGGAGCAUUACCUAUCACAGCUGGUUGACCUUUGUGUUGUUGAUUUGGUCGUGCACCCUUUGGAUGAUUCGCAACAGAAGAAAAUAUGCCAUGAUCAGCUCUCCUUUCAUGGUUGUCUACGGAAAUCUGUUGCUGAUAUUACAGUAUAUAUGGAGUUUUGAACUUCCUGAAAUUAAGAAGGUCCCAGGGUUUUUAGAAAAAAAAGAGCCAGGAGAACUUGCCUCCAAGAUACUUUUCACCAUUACUUUUUGGCUCCUGCUGAGGCAACACCUCACUGAGCAAAAAGCUCUUCAAGAGAAGGAAGCUCUUCUAUCAGAGAUCAAAAUCGGAAGUCAGGAAAAUGAAGAAAAAGAUGACGAGCAAGAUAUACAAACAGAAGGAGAGCCUGAAGAGAAGGAGGAAGAGGAAGCCAAGGAAGAGAAGCAAGAAAGAAGGAAGGAAGAAGAAGAGGAGGUGGAAGAAGAUGAUGACCAGGACAUCAUGAAGGUCCUGGGCAAUCUGGUGGUGGCCAUGUUCAUCAAGUACUGGAUCUACGUCUGCGGAGGAAUGUUCUUCUUCGUCAGCUUCGAGGGUAAAAUUGUGAUGUACAAAAUCAUCUACAUGGUGCUGUUUCUGUUCUGUGUGGCCUUGUAUCAGGUGCACUAUGAAUGGUGGAGGCGAAUCCUAAAGUAUUUUUGGAUGUCUGUGGUGAUUUACACAAUGCUGGUGCUUAUCUUUAUAUACACAUAUCAGUUUGAGAACUUCCCAGGCCUGUGGCAAAAUAUGACCGGAUUGAAAAAAGAAAAGCUGGAGGAUCUUGGCUUAAAACAGUUUACCGUAGCAGAGCUGUUCACUCGCAUCUUCAUCCCCACCUCCUUUCUUUUGGUGUGCAUUUUACACCUUCACUACUUCCAUGAUCGGUUCCUGGAGCUCACAGACCUGAAGUCCAUUCCCAGUAAGGAAGACAGCGCCAUCUACAGACUGGCCCACCCUGAAGGAAGCCUUCCGGACCUCGCCAUGAUGAAUCUGACUGCCAUCCUGGAGAAGCCGGACAUCCGGAAGCUGGCCGAGCCUGGGGACGACAAAUCAGAGGGAUGCCCUUAUAAGGCUGAGAAGGCUGAGCUUGGGAAAGACAGCGAGGAGGAGGAGGAAGAAGAGGAGGAAGAGGAAGAGGAGGAUGAGGAGGAAGAGACUUCAGAUUUAAGGAACAAAUGGCAUCUGGUGAUUGACCGUCUCACUGUGCUCUUCUUAAAAUUCCUGGAAUAUUUCCACAAGCUGCAGGUGUUCGUGUGGUGGAUUUUGGAGUUGCAUAUCAUCAAAAUCGUUUCAUCAUACAUUAUCUGGGUUUCUGUGAAAGAGGUGUCUCUGUUCAACUAUGUAUUUUUGAUUUCUUGGGCUUUUGCUCUGCCAUACGCCAAGCUGCGUCGUCUCGCUUCGAGUGUCUGCACUGUCUGGACGUGUGUGAUCAUCGUUUGCAAAAUGUUGUACCAGCUGCAAACCAUUAAGCCCGAGAACUUUUCUGUCAACUGUUCCUUGCCAAAUGAAAACCAGACGAAUAUACCCAUCCACCAGCUGAACAAGUCUCAGCUCUACAGUGCUCCUAUUGACCCAACAGAAUGGGUGGGCCUGAGGAAGUCUUCCCCUCUGCUUGUCUACCUGAGGAAUCAUCUCCUGAUGCUGGCCAUUCUGGCCUUUGAGGUUACAAUUUACCGCCAUCAGGAAUACUAUCGAGGUCGAAACAACCUCACAGCCCCUGUGUCUAAAACCAUCUUUCACGACAUUACAAGACUCCAUCUAGAUGAUGGACUUAUUAAUUGUGCCAAAUAUUUCAUAAAUUACUUCUUCUACAAGUUUGGUUUGGAGACCUGUUUCCUAAUGUCAGUUAACGUAAUUGGCCAGCGAAUGGAUUUCUAUGCCAUGAUUCACGCCUGCUGGCUGAUUGCUGUCUUGUACCGGCGCAGAAGAAAGGCCAUUGCGGAGAUCUGGCCCAAGUACUGUUGCUUCCUGGCCUGCAUCAUCACCUUCCAGUACUUCAUCUGCAUCGGCAUCCCUGCAGCCCCUUGCAGAGAUUACCCGUGGAGGUUCAAGGGGGCUAGCUUCAACGACAAUAUCAUAAAGUGGCUGUACUUCCCAGACUUCAUCGUGCGGCCCAACCCCGUGUUUCUUGUCUAUGACUUCAUGCUGCUCCUGUGUGCCUCCUUGCAAAGGCAGAUCUUCGAGGAUGAGAACAAGGCUGCGGUGCGCAUCAUGGCAGGGGACAACGUGGAGAUCUGCAUGAACCUGGACGCGGCCUCCUUCAGCCAGCAUAACCCGGUGCCGGAUUUCAUCCACUGCAGAUCCUACUUAGACAUGUCCAAGGUGAUCAUCUUCAGCUACCUCUUCUGGUUUGUCCUCACUAUCAUAUUCAUCACGGGGACAACCAGGAUCAGCAUCUUCUGCAUGGGUUACUUGGUGGCCUGUUUCUAUUUUCUGCUCUUUGGGGGCGAUCUGCUGCUGAAACCCAUCAAGAGUAUCCUGCGCUAUUGGGACUGGCUGAUUGCCUACAACGUGUUCGUGAUUACGAUGAAAAACAUACUGUCAAUAGGAGCAUGUGGAUACAUUGAAAAAUUGGUUCAAAAUAGUUGCUGGUUGAUCCAAGCUUUCAGCCUGGCCUGCACUGUCAAAGGCUAUAAAAUGCCUGAUGAUGAUUCCUCAUGCAAACUACCCAGUGGUGAAGCAGGAAUUAUUUGGGACAGCAUAUGUUUUGCCUUCCUUCUGCUGCAGAGAAGAGUUUUCAUGAGUUACUAUUUCCUACAUGUUGUAGCUGAUAUAAAAGCUUCACAGAUCCUGGCCUCAAGAGGGGCUGAACUUUUCCAAGCCACAAUUGUCAAGGCUGUAAAGGCAAGAAUUGAGGAAGAGAAAAAGUCAAUGGAUCAGCUGAAGAGGCAGAUGGAUCGCAUCAAAGCCAGGCAACAGAAAUACAAAAAGGGUAAGGAGAGGAUGCUGAGCUUGACCCAGGAAUCGGGGGAAGGCCAAGACAUCCAAAAACUCUCUGAAGAGGAUGACGAAAGAGAAGCAGACAAACAGAAAGCCAAGGGCAAAAAAAAGCAGUGGUGGCGGCCUUGGGUUGAUCAUGCUUCCAUGGUCAGGAGUGGAGAUUAUUACUUGUUUGAAACGGAUAGUGAAGAGGAGGAAGAGGAAGAAUUAAAAAAGGAAGAUGAAGAACCUCCGAGGAGGUCAGCUUUCCAGUUUGUUUAUCAAGCCUGGAUCACUGACCCUAAAACCGCACUCCGACAGAGACGCAAAGAGAAAAAAAGGUCUGCAAGAGAAGAACAGAAAAGAAGGAGAAAAGGAUCUGGGGAGGGUCCUGUGGAGUGGGAAGACCGAGAGCAGGAACCAAUCAAAAAGAAAUCUGAUGGACCAGAUAAUAUCAUCAAGAGGAUAUUUAACAUUUUGAAAUUCACCUGGGUUCUCUUUCUGGCAACAGUGGAUAGUUUCACAACUUGGCUUAACUCCAUUUCAAGGGAACAUAUUGAUAUAUCUACAGUUCUGAGAAUUGAAAGAUGUAUGCUGACCAGAGAAAUUAAAAAGGGCAACGUCCCCACGCGGGAGAGCAUCCACAUGUACUACCAGAACCACAUCAUGAACCUUUCCAGAGAGUCUGGACUGGACACCAUAGACGACCGUGCUGGCGCCGCAUCUGCUGCACAGACAGCCCACAGGAUGGAUAGCUUAGAUUCCCAUGACAGCAUCUCCAGCUGCUACACCGAAGCAACCAUGCUGUUCUCAAGGCAGUCUACCCUUGAUGAUUUAGAUGGACCAGAAACUGUUCCUAAAACAAGUGAGCGUGCUCGACCUAGGCUUCGUAAAAUGUUCAGCAUGGAUAUGUCCUCCUCAUCAGCUGACAGUGGCAGUUUAGCAUCAAGCGAGCCCACGCAGUGCACCAUGUUGUACUCGCGCCAGGGGACCACAGAGACCAUCGCAGAGGUGGAGGCCGAGCAGGAUGACGAGGCGGCAGCCGGAGACGCUGACCAGAGCGGGGAGGCCACAGCAGACAUGGGGCCGGAGGAGGCCUCUGAGGUGUCGGAGGCCUCAGAAGUCGGCCUCACCCCGGAUGCCGAGCUGCCGCAGUACUCCACCGAAGACGGGGAUGUGGAGGCCCCGCCGUCCUACAGCAAGGCGGUCAGCUUCGAGCGCCUGUCCUUCGGCUCGCGGGAUGACUCUGCAGGCCAGAGCCACAUGGCCGUGAGCCCCGACGACAGCCGCUCGGACAGGCUGGAGUCCAGCAUCUUACCACCCCUGACUCAUGAGCUGACGGCCAGCGAGCUGCUGCUGAACAAGAUGUUCCAUGAUGAUGAGCUUGAAGAGUCUGAGAAGUUCUAUGUUGGCCAGCCCCGCUUCUUGCUGUUGUUUUACGCCAUGUACAACACUCUAGUGGCACGCUCAGAAAUGGUGUGCUACUUUGUGAUCAUACUCAACCACAUGGUCUCUGCCUCCAUGAUCACCCUUGUGCUCCCCAUUCUGAUCUUCCUCUGGGCCAUGCUGUCUGUUCCCAGACCCAGUAGACGAUUCUGGAUGAUGGCCAUUGUCUACACAGAGGUGGCAAUUGUGGUCAAGUAUUUUUUCCAAUUUGGGUUCUUUCCCUGGAACAAGAAUGUGGAAUUGAACAAAGAUAAACCUUACCACCCACCUAAUAUCAUAGGAGUGGAAAAGAAAGAAGGUUAUGUCCUUUAUGAUCUCAUCCAGCUCCUGGCUCUUUUCUUCCAUCGGUCAAUUUUGAAGUGCCAUGGCUUGUGGGAUGAAGAUGACAUCACCGACAGUGGCACGGACAAGGAAGAGUCAGAUGAUGAGCUCUCCCUUAGUCGUGGCAGGAGAGCCUCCUCCGAUUCUCUGAAAUCCAUCAACCUGGCUGCGUCGGCAGAGUCGGUACACGUAUCCUUUCCAGAGCAGCCUUCUGCCAUCCGGAGGAAGCGAUCGGGAAGCAGCUCCCAGAUAUCCCCCAGAUCCAGCUUUUCUUCCAAUAGGUCCCAAAGAGGCAGCACAAGCACAAGGAACAGCAGUCAAAAAGGAAGCAGUGUUUUAAGCAUCAAGCAGAAGAGCAAAAGGGAACUUUAUAUGGAAAAGCUUCAAGAACAUUUAAUCAAAGCAAAAGCAUUUACCAUAAAGAAGACUCUGCAAAUAUAUGUGCCCAUCAGACAGUUCUUCUAUGACCUCAUCCACCCAGACUACAGUGCUGUGACCGACGUGUAUGUGCUCAUGUUCCUGGCUGACACUGUUGACUUUGUCAUCAUCGUCUUUGGCUUCUGGGCCUUCGGGAAACACUCAGCAGCAGCAGACAUCACCUCUUCACUGUCGGAGGACCAGGUUCCUGGGCCGUUUUUGGUGAUGGUCCUCAUUCAGUUUGGAACCAUGGUGGUGGACCGAGCCCUAUACCUGAGGAAGACUGUACUGGGAAAGGUCAUUUUUCAGGUCAUUCUCGUGUUUGGAAUUCAUUUCUGGAUGUUCUUCAUCCUGCCCGGUGUGACUGAGAGGAAGUUCAGCCAGAACCUGGUUGCUCAGCUUUGGUACUUUGUGAAAUGUGUUUACUUCGGGCUGUCUGCCUACCAAAUCCGUUGUGGCUACCCAACACGAGUCCUUGGAAACUUCCUCACCAAGAGCUACAAUUAUGUCAACCUCUUCUUGUUUCAAGGGUUCCGCCUCGUUCCGUUUCUGACGGAGCUGAGGGCUGUGAUGGACUGGGUGUGGACAGACACGACCUUGAGCCUUUCCAGCUGGAUAUGUGUGGAGGAUAUCUAUGCUCACAUAUUCAUCCUGAAAUGUUGGCGGGAGUCCGAAAAAAGAUACCCGCAGCCCCGGGGGCAGAAGAAGAAGAAAGUGGUGAAGUAUGGCAUGGGAGGCAUGAUCAUCGUUCUGCUCAUCUGCAUCGUCUGGUUUCCCCUUCUCUUCAUGUCCUUGAUCAAAUCUGUGGCAGGGGUCAUCAACCAGCCCCUGGACGUCUCGGUCACGAUUACCCUGGGAGGGUACCAGCCCAUUUUCACAAUGAGUGCCCAGCAAAGCCAGUUGAAAGUUAUGGAUCAGCUAAAGUUUAAUAAGUUUAUGAAAGCUUUCUCUAGGGACACUGGUGCUAUGCAAUUUCUGGAAAAUUAUGAAAAAGAAGACAUAACAGUAGCAGAACUGGAAGGAAACUCAAAUUCUUUGUGGACCAUCAGCCCUCCCAGUAAGCAGAAAAUGAUAGAGGAACUCAUGGACCCCAAUAGUAGCUUCUCUGUUGUUUUUUCAUGGAGUAUUCAGAGAAACAUGAGUCUGGGUGCAAAAGCAGAAAUAGCAACCGAUAAGCUAUCUUUUCCUCUUAAAAAUAAUACACGUAAGAAUAUAGCUAAAAUGAUCGCUGGCAACAACACAGAAAGUUCAAGAACGCCCGUGACUAUAGAAAGGAUCUACCCAUAUUACGUGAAAGCACCUAGUGACUCGAACUCUAAACCUAUAAAGCAACUUUUGUCUGAAAAUAAUUUCAUGAAUAUCACCAUCAUUUUGUCCAGAGACAAUACAACUAAAUCUAACAGUGAGUGGUGGGUUCUCAAUCUGACUGGAAAUAGAAUAUAUAAUCAGCACGCCCAGGCCUUGGAACUGGUGGUCUUCAAUGACAAAGUCAGCCCCCCAAGUCUGGGGUUCCUGGCUGGCUACGGUAUCAUGGGGUUAUAUGCUUCGGUUGUCCUUGUGAUUGGGAAGUUUGUCCGUGAGUUCUUCAGUGGCAUUUCUCACUCGAUCAUGUUUGAAGAGCUUCCAAAUGUGGAUCGAAUCCUGAAGUUGUGCACAGAUAUUUUUUUAGUUCGAGAGACAGGGGAACUGGAACUAGAGGAAGAUCUCUAUGCCAAAUUAAUAUUCCUGUACCGCUCACCAGAAACCAUGAUCAAAUGGACUAGAGAAAAAACAAAUUGAUCAUUUAAGACACAGACUGCAAGUCAAGUUAACAUUUGAAUUUUUUUAAAAAAGCACAAUAUUCUCAUAAGAGCUAAGCAUUUCUAGUUGGAUGGAAAUGGCUUCUCUUCUGACAGGUGAUCAGAAGGAGCUGACUUCUUUUUGCAGUCUAAGCUACCUUGCAAAUGAAGGCGCUGUUGAAAAAGUUAUUUGUAAUUCCAUUUCUCCAAAAUCAGGGCUACUUGUUUUAUGUUUUAGUCAACAGUGUCUUGUGUUCUGAUUGACUAUGCAAAGGAGUCAUUUAUGGAUCUCCUCUCUCAGAGAAACAGGAGAGAAGAUGAAGGGAGAAGGUAAGACACCUGUGUUUUUCGGCACGGGGACUGCACCCUUCCUGCAGAGAUGCUAUCAUGGCGGACACUGCGCUCUGUCACCAGUGGGGAAGGAGAACAGAUGGGACUCAGCACACCCCAAAAAUAUGCAACAGCAAUAGGAGGCUGAAACUCCCGAACGGAUUUCUAGGGGGAAAAGAGAAAGGGAGCUAAAGACCCAUGAAGAUACCAGAGGAAGGAUAAGCCUCAUUCUAAGCAAAAAGUUAACAUUAGUGACACUCUUACUGCCUUAUCUUAACUGAAGACUAAUUAAAAAAAUCUUUCCAUUAAACACCAGUGACUUCUCAGGAAAAAAAAAAAAAAAAAGCAGCAAAACAAAUAUGUGGACUGGCUUUGUUGAGGCCCAGCUCAUGACCCGCUUCCGUGAGGGUGGCUGUUCUGCUUUAGAGUUUCCGCUCCUCCUCAGACACGGGCUCCAGGUAGAAAGAUAAAAAUGGCGCCCAGUUGGGUGUGGAAUGAAUACUCUGACUUUGUAACUUUUACUAACUGAGGUCAUGAAUGCUCUUCUACCUUUCCCCUCUCCCCCUCAACAUGCUUUUUCCCAUUUCGAUGAUUUAAGGCAAUGGUGUUUUCCAGUAUGUGACAUUUUCCUCUGUUUUUCAGGUAUAUCAAAGAGUUUACAUAUUCCAAUUCACAUUUUUACAUCUGAGACGGGUUUUUUAAGUUCAUAAUUAUGGAAGAAAUAUGUAUAUUGAGCUUGGGGAAAUAAAAAAAAUGGCCUUUUCUUAAAUUAUUAUUAUUGGUAAUACAACCUCUUCAUUAAAUAACAAUGUAGCAUGAAAAUUUAUGAUCGAAAUGUAGUUUUCAUUCCAUAUUAAAAUACAGUUUGUGAGGAAUCAUCGAAUGGAAUAGAAUACGUCAAAAAAAAAAUGAUCCUAUGUAGUUUGGGUUCAGGACUGAUUUAAAAUAAAGCACAUCUUGCAAAGUCA